AUGCCUUCAAUAGUACUUCUAGUUCCUAUGCUCCAGGUCUUAUUCGAUAGACGCCGUGCUAAAUCUGAAGAGUCGUCAAGAGGGUUUGAGGCUGCAGGAGAAACGGAAAGUGGCGUGAACUCUCAUUCUGGAAUAACAAAUGGUCGAACUCGAGCGGGGAAGAUAGUGUCGGUUCCUAUCUGGACUCGUAUCAAAGACUAUCUGUGGGGACAAGAAGCAGACGAAUCGAGGGGGGAAUAUACUCCUAAUUUCCGAUGGACACCAAUCCUGAGCGGCGUGAUUAUUCCUUUCGCUAUUCUCCUUGAAAUUCCAGGUUUGACUGAACAUUGGUACAUCAGGACGAUUGGCAACAAAACCGUCGAGACACAAGACAAUUCCAAAAUUCUGGAUGCUGGACUCGCUAUCUCAAUGGCAUCAGCCGUUGUCGCCAACGUGGCUUUGAUCACGAGGUUUCUCGAACGUCGAGUGCGACUGGCUACUUUCGUUGCCAUUGGUGGGCUUGUGAUUCAUGAUAUCAUCAACAUAAUUGCCGUCAUAACAUUUGGGGUUGUUCAUGGAGUGGAUGACGGAUUCACAAGCAUAUGGACAGGCUUUUUGGAUGACUCCCUCGGAGCAAUGUGCUACUCGUUCAUCAUGGACCUAUCGUUCCAGAAUGGCCUAUAUUUUACCGUCGUAUCGAUUGAAACCGUUGGAUUUGGAGAUAUUGUUCUGAAGACGACACUUGGUCGUGUUUUCUCCAUUUUCUAUAACACAUUUGGUAUAAUCAACUUAGGAUUGGCUGUUAGCACGACGAGAGAGACCAUCAUUGAGUCAUUCGAGAACUCGUAUCGAAAACGCCGCGCCGAACGAGAGAAGCUCAAGCAUUCUCGAGCUCAAACUCGAGUCGCCGAGCAACUACUCCGCCGAAUGGGUCAACCAGUUUAUGUCCCCCUCCCUCACCUAGUCGAUCCAGCAGACACGAUUAUUUAUGAAAGCACUCGAAUCGGUGAACGGACACUGACAUUCACGUCCUUGGCCGAAUCGAUGGUGCACAGACCCAACGAUGCGGGUUCAAAUAUUAUUCAUGGAAGUCUGCGAAGGCACCCGCACAGGAUGAAAGAGCGGCUGGUCCUCAACAUAUGGGCGCUGAGUAAAGAGCAAAGAAACGUCCUGUUUGGAGAGCAGGGUGUUACCGGGCCCGGGAUAAGCACUGAUACGAUGACUGGAAUUGGAGUUGCGACUAACGUUGCUGGCGCCCCAUUAACCGGUACAAUGAUCCGCGAGUCGCCAACUCCGGAAGAUCAUACCCCUGAUCUACCCAGGCCUGGCUCUAGCACCUCGAUUGCAAAUGCUGAUUCCAAUGCCAUGACGCUGAUCGAACAGUUCCAUGCCGAGCUUGGGGGAUCUGGGCACGAAGAGGAUAGUGUGGACUAUAUAGAGCUCAAGGAGAGGUUGGAGAGGGAAGAGAAGAAGGAGUUUGCAUUCAAGCUGGGAGUGGCCUGGUCUUUGUUUGUUGCAUUCUGGUUAAUUGGAUCUGGGGUGUUUGUCGUCACUGAAGGAUGGCGGUUUGGCGAGUCCCUAUUCUUCUGCUUCUGUACUUUCUCUACGGUUGGAUAUGGCGAUUUUGCCCCAAAGACCCCUGCUGGACGGGCGUUCUUUGUUGGUUGGGCGUUGUUUGGGAUUGCUGCAAUGACUAUUCUUAUUUCUGUCUUGACUGAAGCUUAUUCAUCACGCUAUAAAACCAUUGUCCAUUCUAGCGUACUUGAUCGAGCCGUCAAAUCCCGCCGACAACGAACGUUGUCACACUCCCAUGCGCCUUCUUCCCCAUCAGACAUGAACGCUCUCGCUAUUGAGAUCGUCAAUAAUGCUCGAGCGAUGCGUGAACAUAUGUCUUGGUUCGUCAACUCGUCAGGCAUGAAGGGCGCUCCCGAAGGCGUGAUCAAAGUGUUGGAUGAUGUAGCCGAAGGAGAGAAUAUGGACGAGAGGGUGAAAAAGGACCUGAUGAGCAACGACGAGGCAAGGAAGACAGUGUUUGUGAUGAGUUUCGAAAGGAUGCUACACAACCUUGCAUGUGUUGCCGAAGAGGUUGCACGAGCGCCGCAUGAAGAUACUCAGAGUCAGAUUGGAACUGGCAGAGGCAGUGAUCGACAGUGA